CGAACGACUAGACAGCGAGCACAAAGCGGCACCCAGGAGCUCUGUUCGAAGGGUGGCCUCAGCUGAUUGGUUGAUGUGUUCAUGGUGACCUCAGCUGAUUGGUUGGUGUGUUCAGGGCCUCAGGUGACGGUGUGCUGCCUGUCCCCAUCCGUGUCUGCUGUUGUCAUCCUCAUCACCAUGGCAACGCGGAUUGAGCAGCUGGCCAGACCCAAGCCCAACCGCCUCCGCUUCCCGGACAGGCGGUCGGUGUACUGGGUGGACCACUUCCCUCCGGAGAGGAGCCACACCACCAGCUUUGAUCUGUCCCCGAGGUGGAGUAAAUUGGCGGAGUCCAAACCAAGUCAUCUGGGGUUCGAGCACAGCAGUCGUUCUCCGGAGUGGCCCGUGAGCGUAGCGGCGACGAGAGCUCGGGCCUCAAGGAGGGUGUGCAGCCUGGCGUUGCCACGACAACCGGUGGAGGGGUGGCAGCCCGAUCGCCCCAUCAUGUACAGCUUAACUCGUGCUGUCCAGUCUGCGGUGCCCAGUCGGCGUGUGUGUGAGCUGUCUCAGCCCAAGCGUGUGAGUAGGUCGCCCUCUACUGACCACUGGCUGAAUAACCUGGCCACCGCCCAGCACAACACCGCAACCUCCAGGAUACAUCAACUGUCUGCUGCUAAGGUGGAGCAUCCAGACUAUCUUCUGGACCGGCCGGUCACUGCUAAGGUGGAGCAUCCAGACUAUCUUCUGGACCGGCCGGUCAGUUGGCCUCUCAGCUCCGCAGUCACUAAAGCCGUCGCUUCAGGACGAAUAGAGGAGUUGGCCCAGCCCAAAGUCCGUAAAGAUCUGUUUGAGGGCUACAACCCCUAUAUCGUCACCCAGGCAGCACGAAGCGCUACGGCCUCACCACGCGUCGAGGAACUCAGCGCACCACUGCCUCGCAAAUGUAGAAAGAAAUAAAACACUAUACUCAGA